AUGGCAUCUCUAAGUAAGGAACAGCAGACCGAGUUCUACCAGCACGUUGCCACAGUUAAGAAGGACCUCGACAUCAGAGUAGCAGAUUCAGAUUCGCUACCUAGCUCCCCAGAACUGGCAUCGGUCAGCUCCAGAGAUAGUGUCUGCAGCAUCCCCACUCCCAUCUCCCCUGAUGAUUCGGGCGCCGUUGCCGAUUCUUUUGUAUUUGCAUUUGAUAUCGACGGCGUGCUCGUCCGGGGCGGCAACCCCAUCCCUGAAGCCAUUGAGGCCAUGAGAGUCCUCGAUGGAGAAAAUGAGUAUGGAAUGAAAAUUCCUCACAUCUUCCUUACCAAUGGCGGCGGCAAGACUGAAGAAGAGCGUUGCCGAGAUCUAUCGGGCCAGCUUCAGCGAGAAGUCAAGCCCGGCCAGUUCAUUUGCGGACAUACCCCCAUGAGGGAAAUGGCCGAAAAGUAUAAGACAGUUCUCGUUAUUGGAGGCGAGGGCGAGAAAUGCCGUCUCGUCGCCGAAGGAUACGGCUUCAAAGAUGUCGUCACCCCUGGAGACAUCAUCAAGCACAACGCUGCCACAACACCAUUCCGAAAGCUGACGCCCGAAGAGCUCAAGAACUCUCGUGAGCGAGACUUUGACGACGUUGUCAUCGAUGCCGUCUUUGUAUUCGCUGAUUCUCGCGACUGGGCCGGUGACAUUCAGAUCAUGCUCGAUGUGGCCAUGUCCCAAGGCGGACGGCUUGGAACCCGCAGCGAGACUUUCGACCAGGGCCCUCCAUUUUACUUCUCUCACAACGAUGUUGUUUGGUCUGCUGCUCACGAGCAUGUCCGUCUUGGCAUGGGCGCGCUCAGACGCAUGUUUGAAAUUACCUUUAAGGAUCUCACAGAAGGCAAGGGCAAGCUGCACACUCACGCCUUUGGCAAGCCCCAGGUCUCUACCUUUGAGUUUGCUGAGCGGUUGAUGCAAACGUGGCGAAGCACCGAGCAUGGCAUUUCCGGUCCUCCGCAGACGGUCUACUUUGUUGGCGACACGCCGGAAAGUGACAUCCGCGGCACCAAUGCCAUCAACAAUGUUGCCAAGAAUGACUGGUACAGCAUCUUGGUGAAGACUGGCGUAUACCAAGAGGGCACAGAGCCGGCGUACAAGCCUCGCGCUACGGUGACCAACGUGCUUGAUGCCGUAAAUCACGGGCUCCAGCGCGAGAUGCGCAAGAAGCGAAGCCUAGCAACUCGCUGA